UGGGUGUUUUGGUGUAGUGUUUGGGAAACGGUGCAUCUUCAUGACUGUUUUUAAACACACGAGCAGCGGCUUCACUGUGCUUAAGUUACGGACUGCGGUGGAGCGAUCAGCCCAGACUAGAGCAAAUACCCAUCAGUUGAGACGUUCAGCGGGGGAAAGCUAGCUCCAGCCCAGCUAGACUCCGUAACGGCAGCUAAGGAACCAGAGAGGGGGAGAGCCGCGUCCGUGAGCCAUGGGUUUCCGCAAGAAGAACAAGAGCCCGCCGGUGCUGAGCCACGAGUUUGUGAUCCAGAAUCACGCAGACAUGGUUUCGUGUUUGGCCAUGAUAAUCCUCCUCGGCCUGAUGUUCGAGGUCACAGCAAAGUUUGCCAUCAUGUUCAUCACAGUCCAGUACAACGUAACACAAGUUCUUGAUGAAAAGAUUGAGUCAGUGAACCUGUACCAGUAUGGCCCUAAAGAUAUGGCCACUGUGUUUUUCUACCUGCUUAUUGCAGUCAUCCUUCAUGCCUUGAUACAAGAAUAUAUUCUUGACAAAAUGAACAGGAGGUUGCACCUGUCAAAAACCAAACACAGCAAGUUCAAUGAGUCCGGACAGCUCGCGGCUUUCUACCUGUUCUCCUUCAUAUGGGGCUGCAGCAUCCUGACAGCGGAGGACUUUGCAACAAAUCCUACUUUCUUAUGGGAGGGUUACCCACACACUCACAUGGUUUUUCAGGUCAAGUUCUUCUACAUUUGCCAAAUUGCCUAUUGGCUCCAUGCACUUCCUGAGCUGUACUUUCAAAAAGUACGGAAGGAGGACAUCCCCCGCCAGCUCUAUUACAUUUGCCUUUACGUUGUCCACAUCACUGGUGCCUAUGUCUUAAACCUCCACCGACUGGGCCUGGUGUUGCUGGUCCCACACUACCUGGUGGAGCUCCUGUUCCAUGCUUCACGCCUCUUCUACUUCAGUGAUGAGAACAAGCAGAAGGGUUUUACUCUGUGGGCGCUGCUUUUUGUCAUCGCCCGCCUCCUCACCCUCACACUCUCAGUUCUGACGUUUGGCUUUGGGCUGCCCCGUACAGAAAACCAGGGCUUUUCCCUAGCAGAAGGCAACUUCAAUGUUCUCACCAUAAGGAUGACUUGUCUGGCAGCUAUCUGCCUGACGCAGGCUUGGAUGAUGUGGAAAUUCAUUAACUUCCAGUUGAAAAAGUGGAGGGAACACAGCCAGAACCAGGCUUCAAAGAAGAAGACAGUCAGCCCAAAGAGCAAGCCUCACAAAAGAGAGCCUACAAGGGGAGGUGCUGCCAAUGGGGUUGUGAAGUCUGACGAUAAAACAUCACCACGGGCAAGAAAAGCCAAAGCUUCAUAGAGAUGAUGGAAGAAUUGGGGACGGGGGGAAACUGAGUGAGAGAGUUCUGACAAUGUGUCAUUAUGUCUUUACACAACUUAAAAUUUUGUCUACUGCUCUCCACAACAAAUGUUAAAGCGCACUAAGAAACCUUACAUAACUGUCCCUUUGGGGUUGAAACUCCAUUUUAAAAAACAGUUCAGUGUUACUGUCUGCGAGAAAUGUUUAUAAUUAAUUUGGGCUGUCUGCAGAUGGAACGUUGGCAGGACAUUGCUGGUUUUGAUGCUUUAACGGGAUAGAUUUAGCUCUUCAAAGUGUCCUUUUGUGUAAAACUACGAUCUCUCGCCAGGGACUUGUAAACUGAGUUGCUCUGAGUAAUUUGACAUGGAAUCAGUUAACAUCACAGUUGCUUUUAAAAAGCAAAUUUUGACUUCAGGGCAACUGAAUAUAUAGUGUUAGUGUACAGAUUAACUGUACAGGGUGUUAUUCUAAGUUUGGGCCUUAUUCAUUUAAACUCAUAAUGCUGGCCACUGGCUCAAGUCCCAAAAUAAAGCCUUUCUUAGCACUUUGAUAUUCUACUGUUGUCAGGAAAAUAUCCUAAAUGAAUAGCUCCAGAGGAAUAUUUGUGCUAUUUAGGUAUUUGGCAUAGCUGCAGCCAGAAAACUGAAGUUUGUGCUUAACUCCUUUAUCAUUUACUGCCAUUAUUUGACAGCCUCUGCCUUUGAAAUCCAACAUGUUACAGGAUUGAGGCACACUUUGUAUUUUUGUUUGUUUUUUUUAUCUCUAGCCUGGUAAUCAGCUUCACCCUGUUGCAGGGCACUCAUCCAGGUUAGGUGACUUACCAAGAGGAAGCUGUACUGUAACCUGUGAUGCUUUACUGUAUGCCUACAGUUAAAUCUUUAUAAUGGCAUGAUUGGAAACUUGAGCAAGAAAACUGUGUUUGAGGCUGCGAUUCAGUCUUUUAUAUGGCAAUGUCAAUGCAUGAUGGUUCAAGGCUAAAGGCUUUAUGGCUAGUUUCUACCUGUGCUGUUGAGUUUGCAUAUCUCUCUCUCUCUCACACACACACACACACACACACACACACACACACACACACACACACACACACACACACACACAAGCAUUCAGUGGCCUUUUUACAACUGCUGCAAGAGGUUUGAGUUAUUUAUUUUUGCCAUAUACUACAGAUAGUUAUGAUUUUAUAUGCUUUGACAAGCUAUAACCAGCAAACACAGCGGUACAUAGCAACUGCGUUUAGUUAAUCCAAACAAUACAAUCUUUCUUCAAGUGUCCUUAUAAUGUCAGUGGUUUGUAUCACUCGUUCUUGUUGUGUUGCGUUCUGUUUGCCUUCUCUGUUUGCUUUUUUUAAAUCUUGGGUAUCAGGGGACAAGCUGUUCACCACUUAACACUAUAAGUUACAUCCCAUGGUGCAAUGGGAGGUGUGUUUGUAAGUGGAUGUGUUUGUAUGUCUGCAUUUACUUGUGUGUGUUUUUGUGUGUAUGUACAGUAUUGUUUUGCCUACUGUGUAUGUGAAUUAACUGGGCGUGAAUGUUGAGGAUGAUGAUGGUGAUGACAACGAUGUUUAUUGCUUGUCUCGUGGAAAAAAAAAAAUAUUGCCUGCGUGCAGAGCAUGAAAUGUGACAAUCUGUUCAUUGACUCCUGCCCUGUUUGUUACAAUUCACAAUCAUAUUCUGUUUGUUAGUUUUGCUUUGGUUGGACCCGUAUCAACUCCCAACAUGCUUAUGUGUUGUGGAUAGGUGUGUGUUCCAUGAGUUAUUGGUUACUAAAUGCUUAUGUGUUCAAUGUCUCUGCCCCUCAGAUGCCCUUUCGUGUGUGAGAGAGAAUCUGUGAUUUCUGUUUGCCAAAUGUGGCAUGUUCUGUCCUUCCUGCUUCACCUUUUCAAUGAUCCUGACAUUGCUACGGAGCGCACGUAUUGUACUGUUGGCCAUGCUCUUUCCUCUCAAGGACCAAGUCCUGCUCUACUACUAAACCACUGUGCAUGUGAAGCUCUGUACAGAAAAGACUACUACUUGUCUGCAGACAGUUGGAGUUUGGAGUCUUUAGUCUAGAGCAGGGAGGAGAUGAAGAUGCCAUUCAUUUUUGCUCCCUUUAGCGCUCCUUAUUGGGACUUUGGUGGUCUUUAAAGCCCUAUGUCUGUGCAUGGCAGUGUCAUAGGAGGGAAGGAGGAGCAGAGGACGUAUGUACCAGCCUGUUAUUAAAGUAUCUCAGAUGUAAAAGAGAAAACAGACUUAACCCUACACUGUACUAAAAUAUGUGUCAGAUUUUUAAGCUAUUUUUAUAGAGGGGAAACUGUUGAAAUUCACUGUUGUUCAGUACACACGUGUGAAUAUUUGUUUUGCAUCCAUAUUGAUAUGAAUUGUUUUUAUAUAAGAAUGAAGCUUGUUGAACUGUUAGCGUGGGUAUACAUUGUGGUAUGAGUGUAAAAAUGUACUUAGCCUAAUGGUUUAUUUAACUUCAUGGCCUUAUUAGAGCAAAGUGAACUCAAUUGUAUAACAGUGCUCAGUUAACACUAUGCUGCAGGUGUACACUGCAGCUUUCACAACUAAAUGUUUUAUGAUAGUGAAAUACACCGUCAUACUGACACUAGUCAUUAUCACAUCAUAUAUAUAUAUAUAUAUAUAUAUAUAUAUAUAUAUAUAUAUAUAUAUAUAUAUAUAUAUGAUCAGAGGAGUAAAUGGUUGGUAUAGUGUUUUAUUUGUUCCAGUCCUGCAGGUGUUUUUUCAGUACUCGUGAUUACAGGCCCAGAUGUAGAACGAACAAACUACAAACCAUCUGGAGGCUUUUUCUUGCUCAUCAGAUGUCAUACUGUACAACAAUUAGCGGACCUUUAGUGUCUGAAACAUGAGCCCCUCUGCAGUUUGCGGCCCCCUCGCUUUGAGACACAAUAGCCUGUAUAAUACCACAGGAAUGCACUUUUUUUGCAUAAUAUGCAUUAUGUCAGAGCACCAUAACACUGCUCACGUGGGCUGUUUCUGCAUUGAUUCUCAAUGAUUUACAAAUUGGAAUUAAACCUGUGUGCAUUUUGUAAUUGUUGAAAACUUAAAAAAAAAAAAAAUAGACUGCAAUGAUUUAACUGUAUGAGCAUCCUCUAGGUGGCAACAAUCGUUAAUAUUUGAUCAUGAGAUCAGUUUUGUUUUUUAAACCUGCACAGCAGAGACAUUUUUAUUUACAUUUACAUUAUUGUAUUCUAUUAAUUAAUUCUGCAUUGUCCUUGAUUUGUGUUUAUUUUCUUGCUUGUUUAAUAGAUGUUGCGGAAUAUUUCCUUUUCAAAUAUGUUGUCUCUGAACUGCUCUGACGUAUAUAUUUAUGCAAAUUUUUGUGAGUUCUGAUCAUUUCUUUGUCACUAUUUUUUUAUUUCAUGUUUGAAUAAAGCUUUUAUUCAUUACA